AUGAGCCUCAGGGCGACAGGCCCGCUAUGUGCCCUGGCUGCCUGGAGAAGGCUGGAGGGCUUCCAUCCAGGAGGCCAGACCCCAGGCCAUGUCAGUGGUGCAGAAUGGAUCCUCCCAGAAGGGGUGAGAACUUUCACCAGGGAUGGGGUGGGGCCCUCCCCACACAUUCUCCUUGGCACAGGAAAUAAGUGCCAGUUUGGGGACAGAAUCAAGCAAUUACCAAAGCAGAGGAGGAGAGCCGGAGUGUGUGUGAAUGUGAUUUCUUUCAAAGUGGAGGUCAGCAAUGGCAUCGAGGUCUACAGCACCAAGAUCAGCUGCAAGGUGACCUCCCGUUUUGCUCACAAUGUCGUCACCACCAGGGCUGUCAACCGCGCAGACACCGCCAAGGAGGUGUCCUUUGACGUGGAGCUGCCUAAGACGGCCUUCAUCACCAACUUCACCUUGACCAUCGACGGUGUGACCUACCCCGGGAAUGUCAAGGAGAAGGAAGUCGCCAAGAAGCAGUAUGAGAAGGCUGUGUCCCAGGGCAAGACAGCCGGCCUGGUCAAGGCCUCUGGGAGGAAGCUGGAGAAGUUCACAGUGUCCGUCAACGUGGCUGCGGGCAGCAAGGUCACCUUUGAGCUGACCUAUGAGGAGUUGCUGAAGAGGCACAAGGGAAAGUACGAGAUGUACCUUAAAGUCCAACCCAAGCAACUGGUCAAGCACUUUGAGACCAAAAAGCCACUGCCGCCCAAGAUCUCACCAACAUCCCCGCUUGCCAUUGUCAACAUCCCACUGACAGCAAAAGGAAAUAAGGCCAAUGAUUCCUUCCAUUCAGACAUGAUGGUUAUACCUCAUCAGGUUAGUUCCAUUAGGUACAGGAAACUUGUUCAUGACUUACAAGCUUCCGCCAUGGGUGGCUUGGCCAAGGUCCACAUCUGGACAGAUCAGAUGGACAGCACACAACAUCCAGUUGGUGUCCCAUGGUUUCUCAAGCACUGUGCCACUUGCCAUGUGGCUUGGGUAAAGAGCUGUACCUCAUAA